AUGGAGGAUCAAAAGCAGAUAAAUUUGAUGAAGGAUCAAAAACAGACGAGUUUCACGUUUGAAAUAGAUAACUUCUCCGAGAAGGAAGGUGUGAUAGCAUCUCCAAAAUUCUUAAGCCGUGGCUGCGAAUGGUAUGUUGGCGUUUAUCCCAAAGGAGACAAUGCUGAAGGUUACUUGUCUCUGAAUCUCUACGUUGCCAAUCCUGAAUCAUUGCGACUUGGAUGGAAAAGAAGAGCUAAAUGUUCCUUCCUUCUGUUAGAUCAAUCAGGCAAAGUUCUCUACAGAACAGAUGAAUUAUGGUGCCAAUUGUUCUGCGCUCAGCUCCAAGGAUGGGGUUUGGCAAAGGCCGUGCCUCUUAAAAAGCUUCAAGAAAAAGGGUUUCUGGAGAAUAACAAACUGAUAGUUAAAGUGGAAGUGAAAGUACUUGAAGUUGUUGAUGAAUCGGAAGUAACUGGGAACGAGACCUUAUAUGUCCAAGGUUUCCAACUUCUUUAUCCUCAGUUUGUUUCAGUGACUCGGCUUUUGACUAAGCACCCGGACUUUGCAACAAAUUUCAAACCAAAGAACCAACUGGUGAAGACUACAUACAUGAAUAUCCUCCUUGGUCACAUCGAGGCAUUGGACAAACCUCCACAUAGCUUAUCCGAUACUGAGCUAAGCAACGCGUACAGAGACUUGAUCGAGCUAACAGAGGCAGGCUUCAACCUAGACUGGUUGAAGAAGAAGCUUUAUGAGGUUAUUGUGGAGAGAAAGAAAGAAGAUCCUCAUGGGUUACGAGUCGAGGAAAACAUCGAGACUCUCAACAUCGAGCUAAACAAGGAGAGGGUGAAACCUGCUACUUCUGCUGAUAAAGAUUUUUCACUGGAGCAAGCGAUGUGGAAUCUCAGAGAUGAGCUGGACAAGGAGAAAGCCAAGUCUUCUACUUCUGGUACUAAAGACUGGCUCGAGGGUGUUGUUCGCUCUUGGAAUCAGUGGAAACUAAGACUGGGAUUUGCUGAUCUUGGUUAUAAAAAAAUGAAUUGA